ACAUCCCAAUUUGGAACUCCUGGGGUCGGAACGAUGCAACAGCAAAAUCAGGCCGGACAAUUUGGAAUGAUGCAACAGCAAAAUCAGGUCGGACAAUUUGGAAUGAUGCAACAGCAAAAUCAUACCGGACAAUUUGGAAUGAUGCAACAGCAAAAUCAUACCGGACAAUUUGGAAUGAUGCAACAACAAAAUCAGGAAGGACAAUUUGGAAUUAUUCAACAACAAAAUCAGACCGGACAACUUGGUUUUCCUGUUCAGACAAAUGACUUUGGGUUGAAUAAUGUGGGAACACUCAAUAAUAAUAACAUGAUUCCUUACGGAAAUGUUAACCAACAGACUACUCCUUCUCAUAUGGUAUAUGCUGGAGUUCCUGUGAAUAAUUCUAAUUCUUUUGGGGCUGGUGAUUUGAAUAAUGGAUUUGGUGGAUUGGGCAAUUUGAGUGGUGGAGCUAGCGGCUUGGUGAAAAACCCAGCCACAAAUUAUGGUUUUGGUGGGACACCAGGAUUUACUACAAGCAAUUCUACCAAUACUAACGCAAUGAACACAAUGGGAACCUUAAACCGACAAAAUUCUAUUCCAUUAACUAACACACAACCAGCAUUUGGAUUAGUUGCUAAUAAUAACCAAACGAGCUUUGGAG